AUUAUAGCAAACAGGAGUAGCUGUAGUAGAGUUAGUGACGUUAAGGAUUUUUAUGAGUAUUUGUAAAGAAUAAUCCUGAAAAGUGUAUAAAUUGUCCCUUGCCUAUACAAUAAUAUGACAGCGAUGAAUUCGAUGUCGAAUGUUGAGAACUUAUCGCCGCAAAUUAUCCGGAGAGUAGUAAAGGAGAUGAAUGACUUAGUAAAUGACCCACCAGAAGGUAUCAAAGUAAACAUCAAUGAUGAAGACAUUACAGACAUCCAGGCCUAUAUUGAAGGACCAGCUGGUACACCAUAUGCAGGGGGAGUUUUUCGUGUUAAACUUGCCCUUGGAAAAGAUUUUCCACAAACACCGCCAAAAGCAUUUUUUCUCACAAAAAUUUUCCAUCCAAAUGUAGCAAAGAAUGGUGAAAUCUGUGUCAAUACACUGAAGAAGGACUGGAAACCUGACCUUGGAAUCAAACAUAUACUGCUUACUGUGAAAUGUUUGCUCAUUGUACCAAAUGCAGAAUCUGCACUAAAUGAAGAAGCUGGAAGAUUACUGUUGGAACAAUAUGAAUGUUAUUCUCAAAGAGCAAAAAUGAUGACAGAAAUUCAUGCAUUGUCAUCAAAAGUUCCCAAGGCAGGGUUAGAAGUAGCAGCAUCCUCAGCUGAUGGUCCCAUGGCCAAGAAACAUGCAGGUGACAAGAAGGUGACAGCUGACAAGGAGAAGAAGAAAUUACUUAAGGAUAAAAAGAGAACAUUGAAAAGGUUAUGAAAUCGAAAUCUGGACUCCUGAUCUCGGCUUUCCAGGCAAUCAAUAGGAAAGAUGGAAGAUCAGACUAGGAAAUAUUUUUUUUUUAUCUGUAUAUAUUUUUAAAGAGAGAAUGGCACUGAAAUUAAUUUAGAUGGCAACUAUUGAAAUAACAGCAUUUAACAAGCAGCUUACUGUCAAAGGUAUUUCUAAGCAGUACGUAUUAGAAAAUGGAUUACUGUUAUUUCAAUAUAUCUUGAGACCAGUGGAGUUGGUUUUAAGUGGAAAUUAAGUACUGUAUUUAUUGGCUUAGAUAUGUCUUUGUUGGACAUUUAUUUCUUUUUGUUAUUUAUUUUAUAAAACAUUUAAGCACAUCUUAUAUAUAUUGUACACAAUGGGGCCCUAGUGUUAACAUAACUAAUCUACACUAAAUUUUGGGUUUUGUACUGUGUAUUGAGGGUCGAACUACGAACAUCUCAGGCCACAAAUAUAUCCAUUCUUGCGAUAACUUAACCUUCUAAUAAGAGUUCUAUGUACUGUAGAUACAUUUCUUUAAUAGUGUUAAGUAAAGCAUUGUGUGAGUGUCUCUCCUAUAAACAGUGUAACAAAUUUGGAUCUUUGACAUUUUCUUUGUUGUGAAGGGAAAAGAGCUAGGAGGACAUAAUAAAUCUAAAGGAAUGAGAGGGCAGUUGUGAAACUGGAUUGAUACUUAAAACAGAAAAAUUUUAACCUUGUCAGAUAUUCUUCAGUACUACAGUUCCAUCAGACCAGAUCUACAGUAGUUUAUGUGUGGCAACAUUAUGGAGAGUUCAGUGUCAUGGUGUGCACCUCCUUCAGGUCUGAGCUUUACGUUAGCAUCAUUGUUGACUACAGUUGUGAGGUAGAAUGUGGAUGUGUGAAUGCUUGUGUGUUGUGUUAGUGUAGUGUAAAUUGUGUUAUUUAUAUUGUCCAUUAAAGUAAUUUUAGAUAAA